AAAAGAAAAAGUGCCUCUCUUUCUUCCGACAGAGAGCACCUCCAUCCCCAUGAUCUCAUGAAUAAAUUAUAGCGGCUCAUUGUGCAACAGAGAGGAGGAAUGCAGUCGAGCCGAGGAAAAUACGGCCGGGGGUAACGUUACAGACUCCGCAUCGAUCCGGAGCUCAGUCUCCUGUUCCUCCGGUUAUGCUGCUCUCCGCGAGCCCGUAGCGCACAACACAGCCUCGGCUGGAGCUGGAAGACUGAGACUGGUGAAUUGUAGCCUGUUUUUUGUCUGAUUUUAACCUUUUUUAGAUGGAUUUUAAGUUACAACCAGGACACGAGAACCGCUGCUUUUAUCUGCUUUCGACUGAAACAUUCACGGAGACGGACUGAAAACGAGAAGCCGAGAGAGAUUUAAAUAGGUUAGGUUAGUUAGCUUGCUUGGCUAGGCGUCGCUUCGCUGUUCGGAACAGCGGGCUUUUUUCGCUGAGGUAUCCGACUUUCCUACCGCGGAACACGGAUCAACGAGCAGAGCAACCUCGGGCAGUUGGAGUCCUAAGACUGCCUGCCAGGUUGAGGUGAUUUGGGGUUCCCUGCUGACCCCCACGUUCCUCCGAUGAACCCCAUCAACUCCAUGAAACCUGCCCUGCCUCCAACGCCACACAGUGACGGCUCUUACCCCUAUGACCCAGCGUCCUGGCAGCAAGGCACCAACCAGCCCCCCGGCUCCCUCUCUGUGGUAACCACAGUGUGGGGGGUUACCAGUCCUUCACCCAGCCAGGUUUUUGGCGCGCCCAUGGGCCCAGGAGGUAACUCGGCUGGAGGUCACAUGAUGCCCGGCAACAGCCCUGGCAUGAACUCGCCCCAGUUUAUGGGGCAGCAGGGGUACCCGGAGCCCAACAAGGGCUACAUGCAGCAGGGCAUGUACGGCCGGCCCAGCGGGGGAUAUCCGACCGGGCCCGCAUACGGCGGCAGCUACCCUAAUAAUGGCGGGGGCUCCCUUGGGAUGCCACCUCACGGAGUCCGCCCCCCUACUGACUUCACCCAGGCUGCCGCCGCCGCCGCCGUGGCAGCUGCCGCCGCUACGGCCACCGCAACCGCCACUGCCACUGUGGCUGCGAUACAGGAGAAGCAGAACCAGGAGAUGAAUUAUGGGCCUAUGGGUGGCGCUUCCUCUUACAACACCCAGUUCCUGUCCCACUCCGGACCCCGUGGCCCGCCCGCCAUGGCCCCCUCUGGCAUGGUGGGCUCCAGGCCCCCCUCUAUGGGACCCAUGUAUGCCUCGCAGGGGCAGCGGCUUCCCCAGCACUCGGGCUACCCGGGCGGCCAGCAGGGACCCCCGCCGCGACACCAGCAGGGGUUAAAACGCCCCUACAACUCGGAGGGGUUUCCAGGGCAGCAGUAUGGCUCUGGAAUGGGAGCUGCUGGGCCGUAUCCUGGACAGCCCAUGCAGUACCACGGCCCUGGCCCCCAGCGCUCGGCCCCCUCGCCCUCCUACACAGGCCACAGAAUGCCUCUCCAGCAGGCCAACAUGGGCCAGUAUCCUGCAGGACCAGGAAACCCCGGCCAGUACUAUAAGGCGGAGCAGUUUAAUGGGCAAGGCAACAGCCAUGGCAGUCUGGCCUCAGGAGUGGCAGGAGGUGGAGGCUACAGUACCUUUAACCAAGCAGCUGUUAAUGGGCCCGGACGAGCAAUGCCUGGAUACCCAAGCUCUCCCCUCCCAGGAAACCCCACUCCUCCCAUGACCCCAGGCAGCUCCAUGCCUCCCUACAUGUCCCCUGGCCAGGACGUGAAAUCUCCCUUCCUCCCUGACGUCAAGCCCAACAUCAACGCAAUGCAGCCCCCUACAGGAAACCCCAGCGAUGACCUGCGUCUGACCUUCCCUGUUCGAGACGGGGUCGUUCUAGAGCCCUUCAGGCUGGAGCACAACCUGGCCGUCAGCAACCACGUCUUCCAGCUGCGAGACUCCGUCUACAAGACGCUCAUGAUGAGGCCUGACCUGGAGUUGCAGUUUAAGUGCUACCACCAUGAGGACCGACAGAUGAACACUAACUGGCCGGCCUCAGUGCAGGUGAGCGUGAACGCCACGCCCCUCACCAUCGAACGUGGCGACAACAAGACCUCCCACAAGCCCCUCUACCUGAAACAGGUGUGCCAGCCGGGCCGCAACACCAUCCAGAUCACGGUCACCGCCUGCUGCUGUUCUCAUCUGUUCGUGCUACAGCUGGUCCACCGGCCCUCGGUGCGCUCUGUGCUGCAGGGCCUGAUGAAGAAGAGGCUCCUGCCGGCCGAGCACUGCGUCACCAAAAUCAAGAGGAACUUCAGCAGCGGGACAAUCCCGGGAACCCCUGGGCUGAACGGUGAGGACGGUGUGGAGCAGACGGCCAUCAAGGUCUCGCUCAAGUGUCCAAUCACCUUCCGCCGCAUCCAGCUUCCUGCACGGGGGCACGACUGCAGACACAUACAGUGCUUCGACCUGGAGUCUUACCUGCAGCUUAACUGUGAGAGAGGAACAUGGCGCUGUCCUGUGUGCAAUAAGACUGCUCUUCUGGAAGGGCUAGAAGUGGAUCAAUACAUGCUGGGAAUUCUUAUCUAUAUCCAGAAUUCGGACUAUGAAGAGAUCACCAUCGAUCCAGUGUGCAGCUGGAAGCCGGUACCUGUGAAGCCAGACCUGCACAUUAAAGAGGAUCCAGACGGUCCAGCUCUGAAGCGCUGUCGCACCCUCAGCCCGAGCCACAUGAUCCUGCCCAGCGUCAUGACCAUGAUCGCAGAGCUGGGCCCGGCCUCCUCGCCCUACCAGUCCCUACCACAGGGUGGCAGCAGCAGCACGCCUGAUUAUCCCAGCCAAGCUGGUUCAGGAUAUUCUAACCAGCCCGGCUUCUCGGAAUUUCCCAACGCUCCCGGCACACCGACCCUGGGGGAGUUCGCCUCGGGACCCCCGCCCCUCUCCUACCAGUCCGACCUGCCGAGUGGACUGCUGACCCCCGAGAAACCUGUGGGGCACCCCAUGCCUGGACAGAUGCCUCACUCUAGUCGUAUGGACCCAUCCCACAACCCUCUACAGCAACAGCAGCAGCAACAACAGCAGCAACAGCAUCAAGCUCUGCACGGUGGUUCCAACCUGGGCGGCCCAGGAGGGCCCAUGCAUUCGCGCAACUCCUCCCAGAAUCCCCGGCUGCACACAGACAGCUUCGGGCUGGGUGGUCCUGGAGGGCCUGGAGACGUGGCAGAGCCUACCCUUGAUCUGCUCCCAGAGCUAACGAACCCAGACGAGCUUCUGUCCUACCUGGGUCCUCCAGACCUUCCCAACAACAGCAACGAUGACCUGCUCUCACUGUUCGAGAGCAACUGAGCCCCUCACAGCUCCCACAGCGCCUCCAGCUUGGCCACACCGUCCUGAAAAAUACCCCCAGACCCUGCCCUAGAUACUCUCAGAACGCUGACGGGGAGGUUUGGGCGCCGGGGCUGGGAAUCCUUGCAGAUGUGCAGAUUUUGUGUGAUUUAUUCUUCUUUUUCCCGCCGCCACGUUCCUUGGAGACUGGAAUGCUCACGGCAGCCGUUCUCGCGGCGGGGAGGGUGCGGAAGAUGUUUUAAUGCUACUUCAGCAACAAAACCUACAUGUUAGUCUGCCUCUGAACUAUGUCAAAAGAUUUUAUUGUUUGUUUUUCCUUUCUUUUUUUUUAAUUCGGAAGAGUCUUUCAUAUUUCCAGCUCCUGCAAAAACCAUUUGUAGAAAAGCACCUCAUCUGUCAGACUUGUGCUUGGUGUAUAAAAAAAAUUAUAGUGCGUCUGGAGGAGGGCAGUUUGUCGUUUGUUCUUAAUCACGUUUUAAAAUCGAGUGUGAAGUAGUACUGUCGUUCUGUAAAAUCCUCCGUUUGUGUUACAAAAGGAGGAGGACCGAAUUUCGAUAAAAGCUACAAGCUCUUUUUAAGAAAGAAAGAUACACAAAAGGGGAAAGCCAAAACAGUUCUUGCCUCUGUUUAAGCUGAACCUUGAAGUUUAAAGUCAAAGCUGGGAAUGCCAAUGGACCUUGCUAACAAAGAAAACAAACACACACACACACAAACACACACACACAAGACACAGACACGCCUUACCUCAACAGGUUUAAAAAAACAAACAAAAAAUUAAAUAUAUAUUAUAAAAAAAUAAAAGGAAAAAACCCGCCAGUAAGCUAGCAGCACCCUAUCCUACAGGUUCUCACUCUCAUUACUUGAUCUCGCAAACUUUUAUCGUACUUUUACUUGAAGUCCAAGAGUCAGUUUAUGCUUUGUGUUGGAAGGCGCCGCUUCGCAGUCUGCAUGCCCUGCGUGUUCUUCACCUUGGUGUUUUAGAGAUCAGAAAUGAUCAGAUCAGAUACGCGACUCAUAUCUUAUAGUAGCAUUGAGGAAAUGUACUGUAAAUGUUUGAUCGCAGAACUUUGCCAAACUCGUCAGAAAUGAGGGGGAAUAAACAGGAGGCUCGGUCUGGAGGCAGAAGACAUCCUGAGUGACAAUAUAGCGCUAAUACCGCUGACUGUGUCGACGGACGGGCGAAAAUCCAAUACGUACAAUCCACAGGAGUGCAAGUUUUUUUUUUUUUUUUUUUUUUUAACGCAAGCAAAAAAUAAACACGUAAAAUCUCAAGAAGCACACACAGAUACGUACAUACAUGCCUCCAGCUACAACCGUACUCGCUCAUCGAUUCCACUCCUUGCUCUACAACUCCUCACUCAAUCGCUCGUUUGCUCAUUUACUCGUUCGUUUGUUUGUUUGGUAUUAAACAUCUAUUCUACGUUUAAAAAAACUUCGUCUUCCUUUCCUGUCUGUUUGCACAGAUCCUGAUCUACACUGAUUACAGUUCAAUCACAGCCAUGACGGCAGAAGGAACAAAGCCUUGAUACACUGAUUUACUGUUUGCCGUCUUCAUGUUCUCUCUCAUUGGUGGGCGUUGAGAUGUUGAGUUGUUCUGGUAUGCACAAGUAUUUUUUGUUGGUAAAGUGGAAUUCCAGUGAUUUCCCAGAUUUACAGCCAGUACUUAAGAUGGAAAUAAGGUUGUAAAGCCUCUGUAACACACCCGUAAUCCAUAUAUAUAUAUAUAUAUAUAUAUAUAACAGAUAUCUGAAUCAACUUUUCUGGACAUUACUCAGACUUGAUCCUUCCAGCCCUGCAGUACACAGUACUGGUAAUGUCUGUGUGAGCCAAUGAGUGAACAGAGUCAUUUCCCGAACUUGAGCAUAAUUUGCAUUUUAAAAAAUCAGUUUCAUUUCAAUUGAACUCAGUCACAAGACAGCACCUCACCACCUACACCACAAUACAGGUGUGGCCAUUCCCAGGCCCUCCCCUGAGGUAACACUGUAUGAUCAAUUUACAUACCGCUGUCCCAUGACUUUUGGUGCUGCUAUUUUAUUUUUUUUGUACUAAAUUUUGGAAAAUUGGUUGGAAUUCCCUCUUCUUCUUUUUUUUUU